UUGUGGUAUGGACGACUUUUCAAUCAAACAGGAAGAGAACAUGAGGUUUUAGACGGCGGCCAUCUUGUGGCUAGGCUUACUGGAUAUCAAGGUGGUGAAGGUGUUCUGGAAUUGGCGCAACAUAAUGGACAAAAUCCAAAACUGUUAGCCAUCAUCACUGGUCUGCAGGAGAAGCAGAAUUUUGAUAUUUUCUAUGCUCCUGACAUUGAGUUGUCAUCUUGCCACAAAGCCACUCAACUUAAAGAUAAUCUGGGUAAAAAGCUGGUCACCAUUGACAGCGAUGGCAGAGGAAUGGCGGUUCAACCGUGGAUCGACGUCGAUGAUUUUCAUAUUCUCAGCGAUGACGUUCUUGACAAGGUGGUGCUCAUUGUCGAAGCGAACACAUCUAACGUCAUCGAUUGUGGAGAAUUGAAGAUUCACGGCAACAAAUCAGUCUGGUAUCGCGCUCUGAACGGAAGUAGCUCUGUUUUAGGUCAAAUUGUCAUCUUCUUGGUGGCCGUUUUGUUCAUAGACUAG